AUGAAUGCUAGAUCUAAAUUUCAACCGGAAAACAUCUACAACUGUGAUGAAAUCGGCAUUUCAACGGUCCGAGAGCCAAAGAAAGUGUUGGCCGCCAAGAGACAAAAGAGGGUGGGGUCGAUUACAAGUUGGGAAAGAGGAAAAAAUAUAACUCUUCUUUGUGCAAUGAGCGCAGCUGGCGGAUACAUUCCGCCAAUGUUUAUUUCCCCACGGAAAAGAAUGACACGUAUUUAUAAAUGUUCUGAUAGCGGUUGGAUAAACAAGGAUAUUUUUCUGUUGUGGCUUGGGCACUUUAAGGAACAUGUAAAACCUUCAGAAAACGAACCUGUUUUAUAG